AUGCGCGACGGAUACAAAAGAAACAGAGUCCUCAGGAGCGGUUCCGAAGGAAGAAGUAGUGGAUUUAAUUCAUGCCUGAGCUAUUUAGAUGAAGCUGACGUCGGAGGCACGCGUUCGACAAAUAUUGCAGACACGGGAGAAGAUGAUUCGUCAAAUCUUAGAGACACAGGUGUUGAAGAUUCGUCAAAUAUUAGAGACUCAAGAGAAGAAGAUUCGGAUUACUAUCAAGACGAGAACGAACCCCCUCCACCUAAUUACUUGGGGAGAGGCGAUGGAGAUUCCUCGGAAACCAGCAAUAACCUUCCAAGGACCUACGAGCCGAGAGCAUCUAUUUUGGGCAAGCGAAAUACUCAGGUGUGGGAGACACCUAUCACGAAAAAACCACGUUCCUCCGACAGCAGUCUCAAAAAAGGAGGAAGCGAUAAGGCAGUUGAACGUAUGUCCGUCCUUGAAGCCGUAGACAUGGUGAAAACAAAAGCAGCGCGCCUGAGUACAUACGAUGACGAAUACAGCCAUUUCGGUGCAUUCGUGGGACACGUACUACGAGGAUUCAAUAAAGAUGUCGCCAGAUCGAAAUACCAGCAAAUUAUGGAAAUUCUCUUUGCCACCAGCGCGGACGAUAAGCAAGACCAGCCACCCCAUCCCCAACAAUGGUCUCCCGAUCCCGACGAGAUCGAAGUCUUGGAAGAAGACAAGGAAUCAGAUUGA